AUGGCUCUCUCAGCCGCUGAACGAUCUCGUCGAUAUCGAGAAAACAAAAAAAAGCAAGGCUUGUACCAACAAAUGAAGAUGAAACACCGGGAACAACAGCGAAAAUCACGUGCAAAUCGCACUCAUGCAAAGAAAGUUGCCGAUCGUCGCCGAGAUGCACUUCGCAAGCGACAAAGCCGACAUGCGAUUUCUCAACAGUUGACCAGUGCGAGUGAUCACGAUUCUUCACCGACUUUUGUGUCUGCACAAACGCUCGGCAAAGCAAUGAAGAAAGUCACGAAGGCCCUCCCUUCCAAUACUCCAAAGAAAUUCGAAGUGGUCAAGCGACUGGCCCAAAGUGAAGUAGUGAACUUUUACGAACGGGACGACGUUUCAUGGCAAGCACCAGGCAAACGAGAUACCGUGACGAUCAAACGCGAUGGGAAGUCCGAGAAAAUUCAGCGUCGACAUCUUCUCUUCAACUUACGUGAACUCCAUGGUUUAUAUCAACUGCAGUUUCCACAAUACCCAAUCAGUCGAGCUGCAUUUCAAGAUUUACGUCCAUCUCAUGUGAAGCCUCUCUCGACACUUAGUCAACGCGUGUGUGUCUGCGUUCAACAUGCCAACGUUCACUUGCUUCUCAAAGCCCUGCUGACACACGUCGAUGGCCUUAACAAUGACCUUCAUUAUUUCGUGAAGAUGCUCGUAUGCGACGAUGCGAACGAGGAGUGUAUGAUGCGGCAGUGUCUCACGUGUCAACACUUUUUCACACAAAAAAUCGAGAAUAAAAUUCGGAACACGACAUCUCCAUCUUCAAUCACCUGGCAACAAUGGAUCAACAACGGACAUCGCUCUACAAAAUCCGAUGUUACUGGUACAGUCCGGCAAUGCGUUACUGUUUUGGGAUCAAAAGUGUCAUCUUUCUUAUCACACACCUGGAUCAAGCGUGAACAAGCAAAACAUUUCGAAUUUCUCAAAGGAAAUGUUUCGACCAAGAUGAUUCUUGCUCAAGUCGACUACAGUGAGAAUUUCGCAAUCGGAUUUCAAGAUGAAAUUCAAAGCGCUCAUUGGCGCAAGAAACAACUGUCCGUCUUUACUGCUCACGUCUGGCUGGCUAAUUCGGAAAGUGAAUCGUUCACAUUCAUCUCGGACGAUACCACACACAACAAAUACACCGUUCACGCCUGUCUCGAACGAUUGCUUUCCGUGCUACAGAGAAGCGUUCCUGACCUACAGGAAGUUCACUUCUUUUCUGAUGGCGCCGCAUCACAGUUCAAACAACUUGGCAUUUCUUCGCGUCUCACCAUGGGAAGGGCGUGGUGGAUGGUUUGGGAGCCACCGUCAAGCGACUCGUCCAUCAGCAAAUCCUCACCGGCAAAGACUGCCGACUUCGUUCGUCUCGCUCGAUCAAAAACAGAUGCCGUCACGGUCGAAGAACUACUCGUUGGUGAAGUCGAAGCGGCCCGAGAAGAGCUACAUGAAAUAUUCAUGAAUACUCGAAAUGUUCCUGGUGUUCAGAAGAUUCAUUCAAUCGACACGAUGGGCGUCGAUGUUAUUCAGUAUCGAAGCUAUUCGACGAGCAAAGAGGAAAUCAUCUUUCGAUUUUAA